UCGAUGGAGGUAUUGGUUAUCGGCCCGGUGAGGUCUCGUGACUCAGCGGCUCCGUUUCCGCUUCAGUUUGCGGAGAAACGAAAACGAAAGUGAUCCGAGCUGAGCCAAUCCGAUCCGAGCCGCUCCUCAGUCCGCCUCAGAGCGUCGGAGCCUCGGAGCCGAGUGCAUCAUGGCCGAGUGUCCGCCGGUGGCCGUGGAGGGCGACUGGAGCCCGAACCAGAGCCGAACCGUGAAGAACAAGCUGCAGAUCUACUUCCAGAGCAAGAAGCGGUCGAGCGGCGGAGACUGCCGCGUGGAGGCCGAGGACGGAGCCGCGAGGGCCGCCGUGUUCUUCAGGUCGGAGGAGGUGAGAGAACGAGUCCUCGCCAGAACCGACCAUGAGAUCGUCCUGGACAGUCAGACCUUCCAGCUACGGCUCAGUUCUGCAGCAGACCCAACGGACGGCGGCGGCGGCGGCGGUUCAGGCUCAGCGACAGAAUCAAACACUCUGAAGUCAGAAGGUGGAGCUGAAGACGGAGCUUCGUCUUCCAGCGACGACGACCGUCGGAGCGCCGCCGUGGUUCUGGAGAACGUCCCUGACAGGAUGUCCAGGGACCUGCUGUCCAUGCUGGUGGAGAACGUGUCGGGUCUGGACGACAGCAGCUACAGCCUGGAGGUGAUCCUGGAGUCCAGCAGAGCCGUGGUGUCCUUCAGCAGCCCUGCAGACGCAGACCGGUUCCUGGCCGUGAGCAGAACCAGCGCCAAGCUGCAGAAACACGGACUCACGGCUCGACGGCUGGAGGCGGCGACCAGCGUCCGGGUGGAGAAUCUUCCUCCGACGGCGGUCAAAGACCUGCUGGAGAUGUACUUUGAGAAGAACUUCGCUCUGCCGGACGACGUCGUGAUGAUUCCUGAGGAACAAGCUGCUGUCGUCACUUUCAGCGACCACAAAGCUGUGCAGAACAUCUGCAUCAAAGAAGACUGUCUGAUCCGCUCCAUCCCUGUCAAGGUGUACCCGUUCUACCAGUCGCUGGGAACCGCCUUGUACGGCGAAGAGCGACCGGCGUGGAAGUUGCCCGAGUCCUUCACUGAGAGCGUUCACCCCGUUGUCUGGAAGUUCCUCCAGAUGAAGAAGCUGUUCCAAAGCAUCAGCGAUCAGAUGCGUCCACAUUUCUGCAGCGUGGACUUGGACCAACCCGACGUGAAGCUCAGCCCUCUGCCCAGCUUUCUGAGACAGGCCGGUCUGACAGCGAAUCACGUCGACGGCUGGCAACGUAGCGCCCUGGACGCCUUCCGCCGCCUGAUGUCCCAGUACUCGGCCUUCGAGUGUCAGGCCAAUGGGCCUGCGUGGAAGAUUGCAGAGAAAGACGUCCGUUCGGUCCUGAGAGAAGACGGCGUCCCGGUGCUGGAUGCUUCCAGGGGGGUUCUGACGGUCGCCGGCCGAGCUGACGAUAUGAAACAAAUCAGGGCUUCUGUGGAGAACAUUGUUCUGAAAGCCAUGAGUGUCAUUGAACGGCAGACGAACGGCGUCUCUGAGGUCAUGCCUCUGUCUCCGGCCAUGUUCUACAUCCUGAAGCAGGAGGGGCUGAACAGAGCCGCCCAGGACAUCUCCCCGGACAUGAACCUCUCCUAUGAUGACGCCACCCAGCAGCUGACCAUCGCUGGACUCCCUGCGGAGGUUUUCGAGACCAAGGCCUGGAUCCUGGAGAGGAACAUGAACAUGUGCAAAAAACAGCUGAACAUCCAUCCUUGUCUUCUGAACUUCCUCGGGACAGUAGAUCACACAGACAUGUCCCAGGACCUGUUCACGUCCCAGGGCAUCAGCGCCAUCUACACCGUCGACAACAAAGGGCUUUUCCUGCUGGGAAGUUCCGACAGAAUCCUCGCUGAUGCAGAGAGUAAGAUGAAGGCGGUUUUGGCCCAGCAGAUUCUGGAUGUGGAGGACCAAGAGGUGAUGCAGCUUUCCGGCUGGAUGGACCUGAAGCAGCAGCUGCUGGACACCUACAGCUCCUCCAAGAAGAAAACUGUGGCCAUUCAGACCAACUCAGACAAAGUGAUGGUUGCCGGCUUUGUGAGUCCCGUCAGAGAGGUGAGCCGCAGUCUGAAGGAGUUCAUUACAAACUACUCAAGAGUUCAAGAAGCGGUUCGCGUUGAAUCCUGCGCUGUUGUUCAGUUCAUCAACAAGAAGAAAACACAGGAUUGGUCCAGUAUCUCCAGAGAUAACAACGUGGCAGUCCGCUUUGAUCCGGAGAGGCCGAGAAUCAUCCUCGCUGGGGCUCGUCUUCACGUCCAGAAAGCCAGAUCCUACUUUCAGGAGCUGGCGAGUGCUCUCUGCACUGACACCCUAACCGUGGACAAGCCUGGAGCCAAGAAGUAUUUCCAGUCUUCGGGAGGCUGGUUCCUGUCGACCAUCAUGACAGAGUUCAGCUGUGUGGUGGUGCUUCGCCCAGAGGUCCAGGACGAAGACGAGGAAGAAAACUAUGAGGGAGAAAACAAUGUUUGUUACUGCAAAGUGAAGACCACCGGCAGAGUUCUGGUUUCUGUCAGCAAGGCAGACAUCUGUAGCUUCAGCGUCGACGCUGUGGUCAACGCAGCCAACGAGGACUUGAAGCACAUCGGCGGCUUGGCUUUGGCUCUGCUUCAGGCUGCAGGACCAGAGCUGCAGAAGACCAGCGACGACUACGUGGCUAAAAACGGACCUCUGCGUCCGGGCGACGCCAUGGUAACGGGUGCGUAUAACCUGUCCUGCAAGCACAUCGUGCAUGCUGUCGGUCCGCGGUUCUCCGACUUCGACAGGAAGACUUCGGUGUCGCGUCUGAAGACGGCAGUUAAAGAAAGUCUGAGACAAGCGGAGGCAGUGAACUGCUCCUCCGUCGCCCUGCCGGCCAUCAGCUCGGGGGUGUUCGGAUUCCCGGUCCAGCUCUGUGCCGAGACCAUCGCUCAGGCGGUGCGGGAAUACUGCGACAGUCCGCAAGGUCCGCGGUCACUGACCGAGGUUCACCUGGUGGACAACAAGGAAGACACCGUCAGAGUCAUGGCUGCAGCUGUCAACACCGAGUUCAUCGACCUGGAACCGACCAUGACCGUCCCACCGCCGGCCGCCGGCAGAGGCACCAGGGCUUCUGGCGGCGCCCAGCGAGGUCGAGGUCGAGGUCGAGGAGGAGGUCGAGGAGGUUGGUCUGGUGAAGCAGGAGGAAGAGGAGCUGGAUUUCAGGGCAACAGAGGAGGUCAGAGCCGGGGAGGACACAGCCGGCCUGGAGGGAGAGAAACGAGAACGGAGCAGAUCACUGCCGAGGGCCUGAAGGUGGUUCUCUGUGUGGGGAACAUCGAGCAGCAGAAGACCGACGUCAUCGUCAACACCAUCUCAGAGAACAAGAACCUGAAGCAGGGAGCCGUUUCCAAAGCCAUCCUGGAGGCGGCCGGACAACGGCUGCAGGUGGCCGUUCUCUCCGAAGCCUCCGCCGCGACGCUGCAGCACGGCGACGUGGUCGUCACCGACGGCUUCGGUCUCAUGUGCCGGAAAGUCUUUCACACCGUUUGUCCUCCUUGGGACAACAGAGGCGGACUGGCAGAGGAGGAGCUGGUGUCCAUCGUCAGGUUCUGUCUGGACGAGGCGGAGAAGCUUCGCAUGGCGUCGUUGUCCUUCCCGGCCGUCGGAACCGGAAACCUGGGCUUCCCCAGAGACGUGGUGUCCAGAGUCCUGCUGGGCGAGAUCCGCUUGUUCAGCCGCACCAGGACGCCCCAACACCUGAAGGAGGUGGCCGUCGUCGUUCACCCCUCCGACAGCCCCACCCUGGAGUGUUUCAGCAGAGAGUUUAAAGCUCCGUCUGGUCCGAAGAAGGAAGCCGCCGAGCCACCUGCUGGUCGAGCCGUCAGCCAAUCACAGCCCUCGGCAGCAUCCAUCAGCCCCGUGUUGUCGCCGUCCCUCGGUGUGUAUCGGAUGCAGGUGGGUCAGCUGACCCUUGAGGUGUCGUCUGGUGACAUCACCAAGGAGGCCAGUGAUGUCAUCGUCAACUCGUCCAAUCAGGACUUCACGCUGAAAGCAGGCGUCUCCAAGGCCAUCUUAGACGGCGCUGGACAAUCAGUGGAGCUGGAGUGUUUGCAGAUCGGUGAGUUUCAUUCUCCUUCUUUCAUGUGGAUUUCAAGAAAUGAGCUCGAUUGUGUCAUUGUGCCUCCUGUCUUCAUCACCGUCAUCAUCAUCACCCGGCCAGGUCAGGGAGGCGUCUCCCCGUCGGCGGUGGCCAACGCCAUGGUGGACGCCGUGGUGGACUUUGUGAGGAAGAAGCAGCCGAGGUUCGUGCGCAGCGUGAAGAUCCUGAUCUUCCAGACGGCCAUGACGGCGGAGUUCCACCGCAGCAUGAAGAGGAGGCAGGGCGAGGAGGUGGAGGAGAAGAGCGUCUUCACCAGGAUCAAAGACGGUUUCACUUCCCUGUUCAGUGGACUUAUGGAGGACCAGCCUGGCGCCGAGAACCUGGUCCUGGAGAGGGAAGAGUUUGAGCCCGCCGUGUUCCAGCUGUGUGCCGACGACCACAAGGCCAUGAGUCUGGCGAAGAAACGGAUCACGGAUCUGACUGUGUCCGAGCAGGCGGAGAGAACCAUCUCCGACCCGUUCAUCGGCCUGCUGUCUCCGGCCGACGUGGAGAAGCUGAAGGCCCUGCAGAAGCAGCUGACGGUCAGCAUCCGGCUGGACAGACGGCCAGAGGACCAGGAGCCCCACAUCCACCUGGAGGGGCUGACCAGGGACGUGCACACCGCCGAGUCCGCCGUCAGAGACAUCAUCCGGAGGGUGGAGAGGGAGGAGAACCUGAAGAGCAAAGCCCUGCUGGUGAGCGGCCUGGUGGAGUGGCAGUUCCAGCACCGCAGUGGACCCAUGGUGCCGUUCGACAUGAACACCAACCUGAAGCUGGAGGAGGCUCUGGAGAGGAAGCAGACGGUGAAGGUCCAGAUCAACAACCAGACGUUCACGGCCAACCCGGCGAAGAGACAAGCGUCCAGCGGCAGCAAAGUGGUGGAGCUGCUGAGGAGAGAGGUGAAAGAUGAAGCCGCUCUGCCGUCGCACUGGGACGACAUGAAAGGAGACAUCGUGAAGCUGGUGACGGUGGCUCCAGGAUCGAAGGAAUACGGCGACGUGCAGAAAGAGCUGACAAAGACGGGCCUCGCUCCCAACAUCAUCAGCGUCGAGCGGGUCCAGAACACGACGCUGUUCCAGAGCUACCAGCUGAUGAAGAAGCAGCUGGAGGUGAAGAACAAACACAAGAAGAACGAGCGGCUGCUGUUCCACGGCACCGGGUCCACCUCCAUCGACCUCAUCAACAAGCAGGGCUUCAACCGCAGCUACGCAGGAGCUCACGGUGCCAUGUACGGGAACGGCUCGUACUUCGCGGUGAAUCCCACCUAUUCAGCACAAGGCUACGCCAAACCCGACGUCAGAGGCUACAAGCGCAUGUACCAGGCCCGGGUUCUGGUCGGAGACUUCACGCAGGGCCGAGCGGGCCUCCUCAGCCCUCCAGCCAAAAGUUCUGGCAACGCUACGGACCUGUACGACAGCGUCUCCGACAACACCGCCAAACCGACCAUGUUCGUCAUCUUCAAUGACAUCCAGGCGUACCCGGAGUACCUGGUCACCUUCACCUGAGUCCAUUCAUGUUCUGUUCUGUUUCUACUGAACUGUCACACCAUAUUAAAGUGGAAUAAUUCACAACAUAAACUACUGCUCCUCACUUCCUGUCAAAUAAAUAAUCAAACCAG